AUGUGCUCCCUGCUGCUGCGCCAGCCCGCCUACCUACUCGGGUUAUACGCGUUGAUCGCCGGUGGCGUCGCCUUUUGUGCUGUCGUCUAUAUCAUCGAGCGCUUCAUCGUCAGCAUCCCCUAUCCCGAUAAUAUCCCUCUGAUCCGCGAGGCCCCUGGCGCACGGCGAUUCAGUUUGCGCACGAGAUGGGCUUACUACACAGAUUGCAAGGCUCUCUUUAAGGAUGCCUGGGACAAUCAUCUCAAACAAGGGAAGCCAGUCGUUAUCCCCGGGAUGGGUUUUCGCAAGGAGGUUCUGCUGCCGCCCAGCAUGAUCCGAUGGGUGCUGGUGCAACCGGCAAGUCGCCUCAACGUCCCCCACGCGAUGGCCGAGAUGGACCAGGCCAAAUUCACCCUUGGGCAUGACGGCCCUAUUCUCGACAGUUGGCAGGGAUUGCUUGUCAAGACGGAGCUCAACCGUGUGCUCGAGGCCAUUUGCGCUUCGCUCAAUGACGAGCUUGGCCGUGCGUUUGACAAGCACUUUGGCGACGACGAGGAGAACUGGGUUGAGUUCAGACUGAGAGAGACUAUCAGCAGGGCCAUCGCACAAGCCAACAGCCGCUUCACUGUUGGACUGCCAUUGUGUCGCGACCCCGAGUAUCUCAAAACAGUACUAGAUAUCAACGACGGUCUGCUCGCCAACGGAGGCCUCAUCUGUGGCCUGCCUAAUGUCCUCCAACCUCUCCUCGGACCCCUCAUUGGGAUUUCUCUCCAGCAACAUAUCAGCAAGGCCAAGCGCUGGCUCAUACCCCUAUGGAGGGAACGGGUGGCCAUAGCACGCGCCGAUGAGAAGGACGAAGGCAGCACGAAUGCACCUCUAGACCAUGUACAGAUGAUGGUCAAUUUUGCCUUGAAAGAGCGCCCAGAGGAGAUUAAUGACCACGAACUCAUCGUCAGGCGGAUAUGUGCCCAAAACUUCGGCGCCGUCCACCAAACGACUCUGCAGGUCUGCAACCUACUGCUGGAUAUUCUUGGCUCAGAUGUGGAAUACGACACCAUAAACGCGCUGCGUAAGGAGUCUGACGCCAUUCUAGGGACCGAGGACGAUUCGGAUCGGUCCAAGAGCCAAUGGACCAAGGCCCGUGUGAAUAGCCUGAUCCUGGCCGACUCUGUCUCCCGCGAGACGCUUCGUCUACACGCCUUUGCUAACCGGGCGAUGAUGCGUAAGGUGAUGGUCGACGGAGUGACCACCCCCGACGGUUACAAUCUACCCAAAGGCACGCUCGUCUCCUUCCUCUCUUACCCAGUACAUACAGACGAGGAUGUAUACGCGGAUGCGCUCAAGUAUGUGCCAUUCCGGUUUGUCGAGAAGCGUGAUGAGGGUGCGCCAGUCACAUUUGUCACAACGAGCAGCGAGUACCUGCCGUUUGGACAUGGCAAACACGCCUGCCCGGGCAGGUUCCUAGUCGACUUCGAGCUCAAGAUGAUUGUGGCGCAUGUCUUGCGGAAUUACGAUAUCAAGUUUCCUGCCGAGUACGAGGGCAAGAGGCCGCCGAAUGAAUGGAUCACCGAGGCUUCAUUUCCACCGAACGGAGUAAGGAUAUGUGUGAGAAAGAGGAAAAAGGCAUAA